CGUGGAGCCAUGGGGCAUAUAAGGGCAUCGAACUUCCCACUGCUGUGACCAUGUCCCUUCAGCCUCCAAAAGCGCAAUCUUACACAUCCAUUCAGUCCACCGAGCCCCAGCGUUGAGUCCCAGCUUUCUUCUCACAUUGUCUUCGAAGAUGCCGAAAGUGAUCUCUAGUUCCGUCAUCCGGACUGUCAUAAACGGUGGUCGAGCCAUCACGGCCAAGUACGCUACAAAAACUGACGCCUGGCACCGCGUGUUGCUGUCGCCCGAGAUCCAAGAGGAAUUCGCCACGGCUUUGGAAAAGGCCCCUAUCCCAGCUAAUGCUGCGAUUGCCAUUAUGACGGAAACCGAGCAUCCCAGCAAGAAGGACUCUUACCCGCACUACACCACUGUGUAUCAGGAUGCUGCCGGCAACCACAUCACCACCAAGCACGUCUAUCGUUAGAUGGCUAGACUGUAUGCAUCGACCCUGGGAGAACGACGAUUCGGAUGAAUGCCAGAGGAGUUGGAACGGAGGGGUGUGCAGUCUUCUUUCUGUGCAAUAGCAGCAAGUGUUCAGGCGUACCGUGGGGAAUGCUCAGCAUUGUUUCUCUCUCGCUUUUCCUUCCAGACGCUCGCAAGACAAUGUUCUGCACAACCAUUACUUAGGACAACGCCCGCGCAAUGCGAUAAGCCAGGAAGGAGGUUUUCUAUUUUCUGGAUUCUCCGAUUUGAUGAUUACUGAAUAUUGCUGAAAAGAAGCGAGUCAUUUUCUCAUAAAUUGCUCCAGCGGAACGGGCGGCUCGCCCUGUUGUUGUUCCUCA